AUGUUGAUUACUCUAGAAUGCGUUAUACUUGCGUUACAGGCGGUUUCUGCAGUUCGACUUGCAUUAGAAUCACCAAUUGAAAUUGACAGUCAAUCAAAUAAUAGGCUGUCAAAACGAUCACCCGUUGUGUUGGGUGGUGGUAUUAACAAAUGCUACACAAUGAAAGUCAAUGUUAAUGGAGUCGGUUUGGGUUUACGAGUUGAUUCAGCGGUUUCUGAUACAAUCGUACCACUUUCUAGUUCAAGCAACGAUGUGAGUUUGACUCCACAACACACUCCAAGUGGGGAGCCCGUUACUAUAGAUUACAAAGGCAAAAAGUAUAGUGGGAUUAGUUCCACAGCCGAUGUGACGAUUCCAGGUACUGAAAUAACUGACAUCAAUUUACCAGUAAUAGCAGUUGGUAUCGAUCCAAUGUUCAAUGGAGUAUUUGGGUUUGGCUAUACCUUGUUGUCAAAUCAUCACUCACGAAUCACUGCGAUGGAUGCUUUGUACAAUGGUGGUAUUAUUCCCAAUAACGAGGUUAGUCUUCAACUAUGUCCGUAUGAAAUGCUUUCAGAUAGCUUCAUCAAUAUAGGAAACACGGAAAUCACUGCAAAGUGUGGAACGGAUGGAAGCAGUGUUGCAUGGGUAAAUUCACCAUCAGACGAUCAGUUUACUGUCAACAUCAAGAGCAUACUAGUCAAUGACAAACGAGUGAAUCUACCUGCUGGAUUCCAAAAAAGGGUGAAAGAUGGACGUACUUUGUACUCCGUUGUGGAAACAUGUUGUACAUGUAUGCAUUUCCCUAAAGUAGUCGUGAAAGCGUUGAUCAAUGCUAUUGUUGGUAGUGGUGCGAUCACUAUCAAAAAUAACAUGUUUAGGCGCAAGUUCGACCAAAGAGAUAUUAAUAACCUAUUUUGGAAACACCAUCUAAUGGUUGAGCCCAAACUUAAUAUCGAUUGGAGCAAGCUACCGACGCUUUCAAUUGUAAUGUAUGCUCAAAACCCCGUAACUGUUGACAACUACAAUUCCAUUGUAGAGAUCACACUGGGUCCUAGAGACUAUAUGCAAAAAAUCGAUUCUGAAAGAUACCUGUUUGCUGUAACAGUUGGUUCAAAUUACAAUGCAGCUCUUUGUAUACCAUUUAUGACUCGACUUACAAUGAUAUUUGAUCGAGCACAUAAACGCGUUGGGUUUGGUCCUGGAUGUGGAUGCGAAGUCUCGACUGAUGGAUAUCCUAUUAUUUCAAACAGUGAUCAAGUACUCUGGUCACCAUCACAAUUGAUACUGAUCAUGCAUUUGAUGUAUGCUGUUAGAUUGCCUGAACAACCAAGUACUUCAAGUUCAGAUGGCAGAUCUACUCUCGGAAGAUUGUUGUCGCGACUUGGUAGUAGGCGGUCAAAGCCUAAUUACGAGAAAUUUGAGGACUAA